CGCCAGCCUCGCCCACGUGACCAGCCCGGGUGCAAACACGCGGGUCAGCUGAUCCGGCCCAACUGCGCCGUCAUCCCGGCUAUAAGCGCGCGGCCUCGGCGCCCCGCUCCGACCCGGUGGCCGCCGCCAUGCAUCCCCCCAGCCUUCUGCUGCUCGCCCUCUGCAUCCUGGCUGCGCCUGCCGCCGCGCUCAUCAGGAUCCCGCUGCACAAGUUCACGUCCAUCCGCCGGACCAUGUCGGAGAUGGGGGGCCCUGUGGAGGACCUGAUUGCCAAAGGCCCCAUCUCGAAGUACUCCCAGGCGAUGCCAGCCGUGACCGAGGGGCCCAUUCCCGAGGUGCUGAAGAACUACAUGGAUGCCCAGUACUACGGGGAGAUCGGCAUCGGGACGCCUCCCCAGUGCUUCACGGUCGUCUUCGACACGGGCUCCUCCAAUCUGUGGGUCCCCUCCAUCCACUGCAAACUGCUGGACAUCGCUUGCUGGCUCCACCGCAAAUACAACAGCGACAAGUCCAGCACCUACGUGAAGAAUGGCACCUCAUUUGCCAUCCACUACGGCUCGGGCAGCCUCUCCGGAUACCUGAGCCAGGACACCGUGUCGGUGCCCUGCAAGUCAACGUCAUUAACCGCUGCCCUGGGCGGUGUCAAAGUGGAGAGGCAGGUCUUCGGGGAGGCCAUCAAGCAGCCAGGCAUCACCUUCAUCGCAGCCAAGUUCGACGGCAUCCUGGGCAUGGCCUACCCCCGCAUCUCCGUCAACAACGUGCUGCCCGUCUUCGACAACCUGAUGCAGCAGAAGCUGGUGGACCAGAACAUCUUCUCCUUCUACCUGAACAGGGACCCAACUGCACAGCCCGGGGGUGAGCUGAUGCUGGGCGGCACGGACUCCAAGUAUUACAGGGGUUCUCUGUCCUACCUGAACGUCACCCGCAAGGCCUACUGGCAGGUCCACCUGGACCAGGUGGAGGUGGCCAGCCCGGGCUGACCCUGUGUGCAAGGGCUGUGAGGCCAUUGUGGACACAGGCACCUCCCUCAUGGUGGGCCCCGUGGAUGAGGUGCGCGAGCUGCAGAAGGCUAUCGGGGCCGUGCCGCUGAUCCAGGGCGAGG